AUGUUGGGCGGCGGCAGUGACGCGGGCCUGGCCACCGCCGCGGCGCGGGGGCAAGUGGAGACCGUGCGGCAGCUCCUGGAAGCCGGCGCAGAUCCCAACGCCGUCAACCGCUUCGGGAGGCGCCCAAUCCAGGUCAUGAUGAUGGGCAGCGCCCAGGUGGCAGAACUGCUGCUGCUCCACGGAGCAGAACCCAACUGCGCCGACCCUGCCACCCUCACCAGACCUGUGCACGAUGCAGCUCGGGAGGGCUUCCUGGACACGCUUGUGGUGCUGCAUAGGGCUGGGGCACGGCUGGAUGUGUGUGAUGCCUGGGGCCGCCUCCCCGUAGACUUGGCUGAAGAGCAGGGCCACCGUGAUAUUGCAAGGUAUCUGCACGCUGCCACUGGAGAUUGAUGGCAGGUUCCCUCAGCCUCCUGCAAGGACUUUUUUCUCCCCAGCCCCAUCUAGGAAGACUACAGGCAUAAAGAGGAUCAGCAGCCUGCAGGCCUUCCAGAACUUGAACCCCAUCCAGGAAGGCAAAGCAGCUGAAUCUGGCUCUUGAUCCUCACCCUGAAGCCACGAGAAUCACCAAGGAGUAUUGUAUGUACCUUUCAGAACGUGGUGUAAAGUAGCAAGGGAAAUUCUUGAAUCUCCACAAGAUGCUGCUGCUGUGGGAACUGGAGACAGCUUGACAUUUGGGUGGGAGCAGUCAGUACCUUCCCCUGUGAACUCAAAAUGCACAUGAUCCUCAGGUGAGAGGGGAAACCUGGAGAGUUGAUGAGAGGCUCUGAGUGGUUCUGUGCACUGUCAUGUGUGGGGAAUUCACCUGCAAGAUGGCAUUUAUAGAAUACGAGGAGUCACCUCCAGCUCCACAAGGAAAAUAGUGAACCCACAGUUGCCUUGACAGACGCCACAUGUACACCGCCCGAUGGUGAAUUUUACUGUGUAGCAGUUUACUCUAUUCAAAAUAGUUUAAGAACCCCUUUAGAAAUUUUCUACAUUGGAGUUGCUCUUUAGUAACAGUGUAUUUAAUAAGGAAAACCUUUAACAGUGUAACAUCUGCUCCUCAGCAGAGGUGAGACUGAA